AUGACUAUUCACCAACUCCUAAGCUCGUUUGACUACGAAAGUUUGCUCAAAUAUGGAGCGUUUCUUGGCGUACAAAUAUUCCUGACAGAGAACUUGUGGAUACUCCUGGUAACUUAUGAUGAAGUUUAUAAAUAUGGAAAAAAAGUGGAACAAAUAACAUUCGCAUUCGAGUUAUCCGAUUCCAAACUACUCUCAGAAGUAGAGGGAAUGGUUGCAGUCAUAAAAUUCGUCACUUGCAUCAAUUACCUGUUAGGAAUUUGCACCAGCCUCACCCUUCUGUGUAGUCAAGAUAUCCUCAAAGACAUUAUAUACCUACGUGUUUGGAUCUGCCAAAAUUUUUCAGCUACCACUUGUUCGAUUGUGGGAUACUCAAUAAGUUUGUUGGAUAUUCCCAUUAUAUGUUCCACAGUUUCGAUGCCUUUCUUACUGGUUUACUUCGAGAUCGUCGAUAUUGUUCAUGUGAAAUAUUUAAACGAACUGAUAAAAACAAUAUGUGAGUCCAGCCUUCUGGAAGAAGAACUGUACAAUUCGGAGCUGUUUCAGAGGAUAGUGAGCCAGAAAUUGAAAAUUUGCAUAAUGAUGCACGAGAAACUGAUCAAUGUUUCCCUCCUAGGCACAGAAAUGAUAUACAUACCGGUACUUCUGGUGGCUCUUGGAUCUUUGAUACUAGGUAGUUCCAUGCUUUUGUUCAUCUUAGCGCUUGAUUUCGAAGAAAUGAACGUUUUUCUAAUAGGAAUAUUUUCUGGCACUGUUAACUACCUCAUUUGUGUAUGGUUGUAUAUCUAUUUUUCUCAGCUAUUGAAAAAUGAGUCAGAACACAGUUAUUAUCUUCUGACGCAACUACCUUGGUAUUAUAUGAAUAAGAACAAUCGCCAAAUGUUUUCUGUGUUGCUGAGGAAAGCUGAAAAGCCGAUAUCCUGUCAAACUAACAUACUGGAAGUGAAUUUUCUGCUCGUAGUUAGGAUUUUUAAAUCUCUUUAUUCUGUCGCUGCCAUCAUCACUCGAUUUCAACCUAGGUUGGAAUAA